GCCUGGAACUUAGAGGUUGACUUGGAAGUGAAGUCUUCUCUUUAGAGGAUGUUCAUAGCAUACGUUUCCUACAAAGAUCAAGAAUGCCCAUGUCCUGGCCCCUGGACAUGUAAUCUCUUACUAGGUGUUCGAGUAAUCCCAGAUCUUCGUAAAAGACACCACUCAUUUACAAACAUGUCAACAUCUUCGGAGCAUCAACGCCCUGCCUCUCACACCUGGCUCUCGUGGGACUCUUCCCACGUUGUCAUGUCUCAGCAUCGCCUGCAAAGACAACCCGGUAGGCACCCAACUCCCGCCGAAGACGCCCGCGCGGCAUAGUGCAGCUGCGCAUCGCCGCCGUCGAAUAUUGAGAAGAAGGAAAUAUUGGCCUCGCUUUCCGUCCGAGACAUGCGCUCGGAGCUACAUCUACCUUUGCGCACCCGGGGAGCGGCAAGGGGCAGGAGCCGGAGUGGGAAGCUCGGGCAGACCUGCAUUUUCGACCAACAUCUUGGGACCAGUUGCUCCCUCUUCGGAAGGAUACGCGAUUCGUUAAAAUUAGGGCUGCUAUAGACUCGUAGUGCCGUGUUGCUUUGACCGGAAGCCCGGCCCUGGGGUCGACCUAAUCUCGCCCGCGGCUAGCUACAUCUCUGUGUCCGACAUGGAUUGCAUGGUUUGGGUCCGGGUACGAAGGGCGAUUGCAUCGAUAUGAUGAUCUAUUAAUUGUGCCCGGUCUAUUAUCUGUUGUACUUCUUCACUGACUGCCUUUAUAGGCUUGUAAUUCCUCGGGAUGUCAUGAAUAUUGUGGGUGGUGAACACGUAAAUCCAACGCUGUCCGUAAAACAGCCAAGGCUGUGGACAGCAUACACACCGGGAAACACCAUGAGAUACAG